AUGAUCCGGCCUUCUACACACUCACCCGCGCCAAUAGCGUGUUUCGCCGUCAUCGUCAGAUCUCAGCCAGACGUGGAAACGGAAGAGCGACUUCGGCCUCCUCGGAACUUGACAUCGUCCGGGCCAACAUCUUCGGCCGGCUCGCCCAGGCCAGCCAGGACGCCGCCUUCGAAGGCGCUGCAGAACCUGUUCAAGCCCCCGUCGCACGUUGACGCCCACGCGUCCGACGCCAACGGCCCCCGCGUGGCGGAGCGAUCGGCCCCGACGUCGCCGUACCUCAACGAGCGGUCCGCAAAGUUCGCCGUCGACGGCAAGGCGAUCCCCCUGGUCCCCUUUGACGCGGGCGAGUCCUACGCCGGGCUGCUGCCCAUCUCGGACCGGGCAAACGAGACGCGCAAGCUGUUCUUCUGGUUCUUCCCGUCGCCGGCGGCCCAGGCGAGCGACGAGAUUGUCGUGUGGCUCAACGGCGGGCCCGGGUGCUCGUCGCUGGGGGGGAUGCUGUCGGAAAACGGCCCGUUCCUGUGGCAGCCGGGCACGCUGUCGGUCGUCAAGAACGCGUACGCGUGGUCCAACCUCGCCAACACGGUCUGGGUCGACCAGCCGGUCGGCACCGGCUUCAGCCAGGGAGAGCCCGACAUACGCAACGAGGUCGAGCUGGCCGAGCAGUUCAAGGGCUUCUGGAGAAACUUUGUCGACACGUUCGGCCUGGCCCACCGCCGGGUGUACCUGGCUGGCGAGUCCUACGCGGGCAUGUACGUGCCCUACAUUGCCGACGGCUUCCUCGAGGCCAACGACGCCAAGUACUUCAACACCCUCCUGCCCGCCGAGCCGUACCUCGCCCACUGGGCCGGCGCGCUGGGGCUCGACCGCGCCGCCGUCGCGCAGCUCCGGAAGCAGGCCGACAAGGACGGCUGCACCGAGUACACCAACCGGUACUUUACCUUCCCGCCGCCCGCGGACCCCUUCCCGCCGCCGCCGCGCGACCAGGCGCUCUUCGACAUCGCCAGAGAGCUCCUCUUCACCGCCAACCCGUGCUUCGACCCCUACCACAUCCUAAACACGUGCCCGCAGCCGUACCAGCCGCUGGGCGACCCCAACGCCCGCGGAAAACCCCCGCCGUCCGCCCCGGAGACGUACUUUGAGCGAGCCGACGUGCAGCGGGCCAUACACGCCCCCAGCAUCGACUGGAAGCUCUGCCGCCGGGGCGUCUUCCCCCACGGGGACGCCUCGCCGGGCCCGGCCCUCGACGGCACCCUCGCCCGAGUCGUGGCCAAGACGCGCAACGUCAUCAUCGGGUCCGGCGCGCUCGAUUUCCUGCUGCCCACCAACGGGACGCUCUUUGCGCUGCAAAACACCACCUGGGGGGGAGCCAAGGGGUUCCACGAGUACCCGUCCACGCCGUUCUUCGUCCCUCGCCACAACGUCUCCGGCGGCGGCGUCGUCGGCAGCAGCGGCCGCGUGGGCGUCUGGCGCGAGGAGCGCGGCCUGACCUUUUACGAGGUUGCGCUGGCGGGUCACAUGGUGCCGGGGGAUGCGCCCAGCGCGGGGCUCCGCGUUUUGCAGCGCCUGCUGCGGCGCAUCAAGGACUUUUCCAGCACGGAGCCCAUGUUCUAG